AUGACUCGAAUGCUUACUUUCCUGUUCUGUCUCUCUUCCUUCACAUUUCUUUCCGUUGCCCGAGCUGACGGCAGAGCUCCUCAUGGCUUGGUAUAUGAGAGCCCGGUGGCCUUUUCCCCAAUGGCAUAUGAUUUCUUCCAUCCAAGCACUCAGAAUCCCAAUGGCAAAGACCCAUGUGGUGAUUCCAAAUGUUCCCCCCUUCCCCUAGCGGCGCAAGUGCAAUCCACUCCUGCACGAGAAAGCAAAUACUCUACAACGAUCCAGAACAGUAAACACCGUGUGGGGGCUGGGGGGAUUCUGGGAAUUGUGUUUGGCAUCACAUUCGCUGUGUUUUUGGCAAUGGGAGUGUACUAUGUUCUACGUACACGCCAAGCCAAUGCAAACCGAGCUAUGUCUGCUGCACAACCUAGCGCUUGA